CUGUUUCAGUAACAGUUUCGCUUAACAAAUAUAUUCCAUAAAAUAAGUGAUGUAAAAUGAACAGAAGCGUACAAGAACUAGAGGGGUGAGCAAGACCGACGCGUACGUAACCUGGUUUGACAAUUACAAAACCAGCAAUCACGGUGUUGAUAGAAACCAGAAGUAGCAGCUCUUAAUUAGAACAACUACAACCAAGAAGCAGCAGCUCUUAAUUAGCACAGCACAAGCCUCAUAAGUCAUAAGACGGCUCCCAACUCCAAAACAACCAAGCGAAGACAAUCAGCAACACAGUGAAAAUGUUCUAUCUUGUUUCUUCCGGUGCCUCCUGUCCUUUUGAGCUUGAAUUCUAACCAGCAAGACAGAACCAAGCAGCACAUAGAAAUAAGUCGACAGUAACGUACACAUAUAACUACACAGUAGCCAGUUUUCAUAAGUUCAUGUACCCCACCUUUACUAUUAACCUUGAUAAUGUCAAUAUCGUGUCAUUAUUCUGCAACUGUAUAUUCAAGUAGCGGCAGGAACCGUGAUGGAGAGUUUGAGGUCGGACAAACCGAGGUAGUUUGGAGGGGUCUGCCUGUCAAAAGUGAGGAAGAUUCUCCUGUUCGGCUAUAAAUCAAACCCAGAAAUUCAAUCACAUGAAAAUUAUCCCUCCUGGCCACCAAGUGUGCAAGCCUUGCCCAUAAGAAGCAGCAACCCGAGCCUGAAGAGUCAAAUCAUGGAGAAACAUGAAGUGGUGGAGGGGAAGGUGGACUGGAAGGGAAGACCAGCUCAGAAACACAAGCAUGGAGGAGGCAGGACAGCUUUCUUCAUCCUAGUCGGGUUUGGCUGUGAAAACAUAGCCACUCUUGGACUGGCAGUGAACUUGGUGACAUAUUUCAAUGGGACGAUGCACUUGGAAGUGGCAGAAGCAGCAAAUCAGCUGACAAACUUCAUGGGGGUAAGCAACAUCCUCGCACUGCUAGUGGCUGUCCUUGCCGAUACUUAUAUUGGUAGAUUCAGAGCUGCCAUCUUUUCAGCUUGCUUCGAGAUGCUGGGACUAGCCCUGUUAGCAAUCCAAGCCCAUUUCCCCAAGAUGAAGCCACCCUCUUGCAAUGUUUUCGACCCAACUGUCCACUGUGAGAAAGUCGAAGGUAAAAAUGCAGCAUAUCUAUAUGUUGCCCUCUACUUGCUCGCUGCUGGAUCAGCAGGGCUCAGGGCAUCAUUACCGGCGCAUGGUGCUGAUCAAUUCGAUGAGAAAGACCCAAAGGAGGCCAGCCAGCGGUCCGGCUUCUUCAACUAUCUGCUGCUGGCAGUGUGCACCGGUGGAGCAAUCAGCUUAACACUCGUUGUUUGGAUCCAAGACCACAGAGGAUGGGACUGGGGCUUUGCGGUUAGCUGCAUGGCAAUUGGCUUCGCCAUACUCAUGAUCUCCAUCGGCCUGCCUUGGUACCGGAUUCAACAAGUUGAAGGAUCAACCGCCCUUACCGAGAUCGUUCAGGUUUAUGUUGCAGCCUUCAGGAACAGAAAGCUUCAUCUUCCAGAAGACCCUUCAGAUCUCUAUGAGAUAAGUGGAGACAAGAAGGCAGCAGUGGAAGUAGAAUUUCUAGCUCACAGAGACUGUUUCAAGUUCCUAGACAAAGCAGCUAUUCAAUCACCAUUACCAGCAACAGCAGAACAACCUGCCACUCUCCCUGAAAACCCUAAUCCAUGGAAACUGAGCAGAGUGACACAAGUGGAGAACGCUAAAAUCGUGCUGGGGAUGCUUCCAAUUUUCUUCUGCACAAUCAUCAUGACCCUCUGCCUAGCCCAGCUCCAAACUUUCUCAAUCGAACAAGGUCUAACCAUGGACACAUCGAUUACCAAAUCAUUUAAAGUCCCACCAGCUUCGCUACCGAUAAUCCCAAUUGCCUUCCUGAUCAUCCUAGUCCCAAUCUACGCCCAUCUAUUCGUACCUCUCAUUCGCAAGCUCACCGGCCGUCCCACCGGGAUAACUCACCUGCAACGGAUCGGAGUAGGGCUUAUCCUCUCCUGCAUUUCAAUGACCGCCGCCUCGAUCAUGGAGGUGAAACGAAAGGCCGUGGCGAGGGACCACGGGAUGCUCGACGCGAUACCGGUGUUGCAGCCGCUACCAAUUAGCACAUUCUGGCUGUCGAUCCAGUUCUUCAUAUUCGGAGUCGCCGAUCUGUUCACCUACAUCGGCCUGCUGGAGUUCUUCUACUCGGAGGCGCCCCGAGCGCUCAAAUCGAUGUCGACUUGCUUCCUGUGGUGCUCCAUGGCGCUCGGUUACUUCCUCAGCACGAUAAUGGUGAAGAUUGUGAACAGAGCGACGGAGCAUACCACUACGAGCGGCGGAUGGCUGGCCGGAAACAACAUCAACAGGAAUCAUCUGAACCUGUUUUAUCUGCUACUGGCGGUCUUGAGCUUGAUCAAUUUCUGCAUCUACCUCGUCGUCGCCAGCAGGUACCAGUACCGGCCACAGCCGCCUCCUCCGACCGAUGUUGUUGUGGAUACCGAGGCGAAGGCGGCGGCGACGGACGAAGUGAAAAACUGAACUGGGUUGGGCUUGGGCCGACUGUUGGGUUAUCUCAAGUUUCCUCCUCCCGGCCCGAUGACCUGCGAACGAAGAAAAAAAGGAAGGAUUUCAAAUAAGACUCGCAGUUUUGAAUCGAGAUUUGUGAUUCUUUGCGACUUGCAAUGACAAGAAUUGGCCACUAUUUUCUACUAUUUUCAACUUUAAUAUUCAAAGAAAAAUAGUAUGGUAUCUAUAUUUGGGAUAUAAAUAUGGUGUAGCAUUGAAAAAAAUUAUAAAAAAUUGAUAUAUCCUAAAAAAAAUACAAGAAAUAAAACCGAUGGGUCAAAAACUCAAAUUUUGAACUUUAUUCAUAUUCUCAAAUAACAUACUAGAUGAUCGUUCAUUGUUUACAUUC